AAAUAUAGCCUUUGGAGGGAACUGCCAAAAAGAAAAAUGGCUGCCGUGAAGUAAGGAGGAGCCUGAGCAGUGUCGCUGUCCAUGGUGUGAAACAUUCGUACACUCUUUGUACUGCAUUAUAGAUCUGGGACUAUUUGGGAUUCAGCCAUUGUUUAGCAAAACUGUGGUGUAGCCAAUAACGUCUCAUCAUUCAGCGUGAGUCCAUUUUAUGAAUUGUUAACCACUGGGUGGAUAAAUUAAUUUGGACUGGUAUUAGUAUUAGGGCUGGACAGUAUAUUGUAUGACUGUAUAUGGCACUGAUAUCGUGAUAAAUGAUGUCGCAGUACACUUGGAUAUCAUACAGUAUAUAUCUAUUUACUUUAUUUUUAGUACAAAUUGAUUGGAAGUAGCUGAAACUUGCAUUUUACAGAAUUUACUGAACUCUUUCAGUGUUAAACUUUUAUAUUUAUAAAUGUAAGUAUUAAUAAAGUCUUUUUUUUUUUUUUUAAAUGCAACACUACAGUUUUGCUGGAGGUUUCUUAGAAAACCUACAUGUAUCGUAGAGAUGUCUUUGAGAAUUGGAAUAUGAUGGUUUUGUCAUAUCACCCAUCCCCAAUUGGUCGUACAAGAUAAUAAUAAUAAGAAGAAGAAAAAGAAGCAGAAGAAGGAAAAGAAGCAGAAAUAUUACUACUAAAAUACUAUAAAAAAAAAAAAAGAAAAGAAAAUUGAAAUCAAAUGAAAUGAAAAGAGUAGUAGUACAAAAUAUCAUAUUAUAUAUUACUACUAGUAAUACAUGUUUGCCUCACACCUCCAGGGCUGGGGGUUCAAAUCCGAUCACCCUGUGUGCAUGGAGUUUGCAUGUUCUCCUGGUACUUUGGGGGUUUCCUCCAGGUACUCCGGUUUCCUCCCCCAGUCCAAAGACAUGCACUGAUUGGCAUCUCUAAAUUGUCCAUAGUGUGUGAAUGUGUGCAUUUGUGCCCUGCGAUGGUUGGCACCCUGCCCAGGGUGUCCCGAGUUCCCUGGGAUAGGCUCCAGGCUCCCUGAUGAUAUGCGGUAAGGAAAAUGGAUGGAUGGAUACUACUACUACUACUACUACUACUACUACUACUACUACUAAUAAUAAUAAUAAUUUUAAUAAUGAAGCCUAGUUAGUUCAAAACCUCACCAUGAUGGAAUUAAUGCUAUGUAUUUUUAAUGCAGUAUAUACUCACAUAGGCUAUUUCAGACUUCACUCGCAGAAAAUACUGAGUACUGAACUGUACCUUUUACUUUUUGCUCUUUUGUACCUUGUAGCCCAUCUUUCACCUGGAAAACGUGCAUUUAACUCCUAUACAAAGACUUCAGGUACAAAACUGUACUGCAAAGCUGUAAAGUUACCCCACAUGCACCUUUCUACUCAAAAGGGGAGGGGAAACCCCGUCACAUCCUCCGUGUCCAUAUAUGGGCAUGAAGAUGCCACGCAGCGGGGGAAUCCUCUCCCAGCACGCGGUGAAUGAGAGAGGGAGGGCCGAGCCGCGAGCUCGGGGGUAUAAAAAGCGGCUCUGGGUGAGAGGAGCGCAGCAACAGAUAGCGGAGGAACAUCCACCUGCGAGUCGCACACAUCUAGGACAUUAUAAAAAAAAAAAAAAGAAAAAAAAAGGGAAUUCCUGAUUAUUAUUCACUUUUUUAUUGUUUCUACCGGACCUCAAUCUAUUACGGACUUGACUGUCGCAGAGAAGAGACAUUUUGCAUUUCAUUUUUAUAUUUAUUUUCCAGUUUUUUUUUAAUCUUUGGACCGGAUCUCCAAAUAUCCUCGUUUGAUUUUUUGGGGGGUUUUUUUUUCGGGAAAAGAUGCUCAACAACGUCGAUUUGAACUCUCAGGACUCGUUUUACCCUCAGUUUGACACCUGUAACGACUCAGCCAUCGGGAUGAUGGACACUAAGGAGCAUCAGGAUGUCUUUAUGGACGCUGAGCGCACAGCACCUACUCAGUUUGCACACGAUACAACAGUCACUCCCAAAACGGAGCCCACCAGCGCGGACCAAUACUCCUCCUGUCACGGCCCUAAGGGAAGCUACGACGCCUCGCUGUCCUACUCGGGCAGUUUCUACGUGGAGGCGUGUCAGGGCGCCCCCUGCAGCGCAGAAACGCUGCUCAACAUGAUCACCGAGAUCGUGGGCAUCUCCGCGGGCCCACUUCCAGAAGCGCAGCAGCAGCAGCAGCAGCAGCAACAACAACAAAGCGACACGAGUGCACCCCAAGAUCCUCCGUCUUCUGAGCCUGGGACCUUCCCUGUGGUCGUGAAAAGUGAGUUUGAGAACACUGGAGGCUGUUAUUACGAGUGGAACACCUUCGGGAAAACUGACAGCUAUGGGUUUCCAACAUCUGGCGACUUUUCAUCCGAGCAGCAUCAGCAUCAGCAUCAGCAUCAUCAAGUGGAUAUGAAAGAUCUGCUGGACUCGCUGUCCAACCCUGACAUGGAGUUCAAGGUGGAAGCCGGAAUUAAACAGGAGCAAGGCUUCGGUGAUGCUUGUGGCCAGAGUUUUGGUGCGUCUGCGUUUAACUACUCUGUCAUGGACGCACCAUCAAACAGCCUCCUGAAACCCGGCGUGUUCCCAAACUUCCAGCCCAUCCCUGCUCCGGGACAGUGCGAGCCUCCGACCUACGCGACCUCCACCAUCGACUCGCUCCUGUACUCCACUCUGCUUCCCCCGGAGCCGUUGGCACCGAGCCGCGCACGCGCACCGAAGCGCAAGAACAGCGCCGCCGCCUCCGCUUCUUCCUCCACCGCUAAAGAGAAGCCCUUCACGUGUCCGAUGGGCUCCUGCGACCGGCGCUUUUCUCGCUCGGAUGAGCUCAACCGGCACAUCCGCAUCCACACGGGCCACAAGCCGUUCCGGUGCCGCGUGUGCGCGCGCAGCUUCAGCCGCAGCGACCACCUCACCACGCACACGCGCACGCACACCGGCGAGAAGCCGUUCGCGUGCGACGUGUGCGGGAAGAGGUUUGCGCGCAGCGAUGAGCGCAAGCGGCACGGCCGUGUGCACCUCCGGCACAAGGAGAAGACGCAAGAGCUCGGCGCCUGGCCCUUCGCCCUCCCGGAGGCCAUCUGAAUAACGUGUGAAAC